GUUUGCCCAACCUCCUCGCGUACCAGCCGCAUGGACUUUUGUAAACAUUUGCCUUGUUUCGUUCAGUUUGGGAGUUUAUAACCAUGACGUUACACGAAUAAGGUUUAAAACUCUGCUUCUUUAGUUAGGAGUCAUCGAUUUGCAUUGUAAGUGUAAAGUCAUGACUAUGGACUUGUUGCGGGUGCUGUCUGUGGAUCCAUGUGACCGGGGCUCUCAGCGCUGCAGAUUGGGCCCAGGACUGAUGUCAUCUUUGGGCUUAAAUCUGAGCUCCCCCCUUUUGGUCUCUAUAUCCGAGUCGAGCUAUCUCUGCACUGCAUGGCCCCGCCCUGAUUGUGCAGAAGGAUUUAUUCAAAUGGACCCAAAAUCCUGCUCCCCAAAUCUUACAUUUCACCAGUCUACUUCUUCACACAUAAAUAUAAACCAGAUCUCACCGGUGCAAUGUCCCAAGCUCAAAGGCAUCAAAAUCACAGUAGUGGUCCAAAGUUCUGAUUUUAAAAGCAACACUCCUCCCUGUGUUAUUCAUGAACUUGUAAAAGACAUGCUCAAGGGAGUAUAUGUACAUAAGGACCAUGCGGUUAACCUGGAAGAUUAUGGGACAGAAAUUAAAUAUGCCAUAAUCGAGGAAGUUAAUCCGGAUUCAGAAAGAUGUGGACUUGUAACGUCUAAAACUGGAGUGGAGAUUUUAAGAGUCAAGACGCUGAGAUUUUUCAAGGGAGGAGUCCAACAACAAAACAACACAGUUCCUCUGGGUGGUCUGGAUGAGGUCAGGUCGUCCCUGAGGGAGAUGCUUCAGUUGCCGUUGAUUUACCCAGAGACCAUGUGUUCCCUGGGCCUAUCCUGUCCCAGAGGGGUGCUGCUACUGGGGCCUCCUGGAGUGGGAAAGACUCAGCUGAUCCGCAGUGUGGCCCAGGAAGUGGGAGCCAGCCUGGUGAUGGUGCACGGGCCCGAGAUCGUGGGCGCGAGGCCGGGGGAGAGCGAGGAGAAGCUUCGUGCUGUUUUCGCCAGCGCUCGCUCCAUGUCUGAAGACGGUCCCUGUGUUUUGUUUCUGGAUGAACUGGACUCCCUCUGUCCCAGAAGAGCCGGAGCCGCGGCAGCAGAGAACCGGCUCGUGGCUCAGCUCCUCACGCUCAUGGACGGAAUGGACCAAUCGGAUCGUUUUCUGAUUGCCGCGGCAACCAACCGACCGGACAGCCUGGACCCGGCUCUGAGACGGCCGGGGAGAUUCGACCGAGAGGUCGUCAUUGGAGCUCCCACUCUGCAGCAGAGGAGGCAGAUUCUGAGUGUUUUGUUUGAGAAGAUUCCAGUUUGUUCCUCUGUGGAUGCUGAAGAACUUGCUCAGAGGACAACAGGUUAUGUGGGAGCAGACCUGAGCGCCCUGUGCAGAGAGGCAGCGAUGAGCAGCAUACGGGAACUGGCAAAGGGUUCGGGAGAGCAGACUGUGAUUAUGAAGCAUUUCACUGAGGCUCUAAAAAUAGUGGGUCCCUCGUGUCUCAGGGGCAGUUUGGGACAGAUCGACCUCGCCCCUGUGUCCUGGGACCAGAUCGGAGGACUGAACGACGUCAAACUCAAACUCAGACAGAGCAUCGAGUGGCCCCUGCGUUACCCUGAUGCGUUCGGGCGUCUGGGCUUGUCUCGUUCCCGGGGGGUGCUGUUGUACGGACCCCCAGGAUGCGCCAAAACCACCCUGGUCCGAGCUGCGGCCGCGUCCAGCCACGGGGCCUUUCUGUCGGUCAGCGGGGCCGACCUCUACUCCCCCUACGUGGGCGACUCGGAGAAGGCGCUGGCUCAGUUGUUUCGUCAGGCCCGCUCCUGCGCCCCCUGCGUCCUCUUCCUGGAUGAGAUUGACUCUCUGAUUGGCUGUCGGUCGAGCGGGGCGGGCUCGAGCGGCGUCCAGACUCGGCUCCUGUCUGUGCUUCUAAACGAGAUGGAUGGAGUUGGGCUGAAGACGGAGGAGAGGAGAGGCAGCAAACGAGUGCUACAGGCCGAAGGAGAAGACCAGGGACAUCAACAUGAGCAGACUGACUUUGAGGAGGUGUGUAACUCUGAGGUGAUGAUCGUCGCCGCCACAAAUCGCCCGGAUGCCCUGGACUCGGCUCUGCUGCGGCCGGGACGACUGGACCACAUCAUCUACAUCCCACCGCCAGAUCAGGAGAGCCGUCUCUCCAUCCUGAAGGUCUGCACUAAGCCGAUGCCUGUUUCCGAUGUUUGUUUGGAGGAACUAGCUCAAAAGACAAAUUUCUUCUCUGGAGCAGAUCUGGAAAAUCUCUGCAAAGAGGCGGCGCUGUUGGCUUUGGAAGAAGAAAACAUGGAGGCUUCUCACAUCAGACACAAACACUUCCUCCAGUCCCUGAGUAAAAUGACUCCGUCUCUCACUGCAGCACAGAUCCACAUGUACCAAACUCCACCUGCCUAAUGUUUUUAUGUCAAAUAAACCAGUGUCAGUA